AUGCCGCAACAUUCCUAUUCAUGCGUGGCCUGUGCCAGGCGCAAGGUCAAGUGCGACAGGCUGGAGCCGUGCUCGAGCUGCUGCAAAUCACGAGCUGCUUGCAUCUAUCGGGCCCCCGUACCGUCACAGAGGCACCGGAGACGCUUGACGCAGGGCGAUCUUCUGUCUAGAGUUCGUGAGCUGGAAUCGAUCCUCGACAGCCAUGGGAUCCCGUUUGAAGCUCUGGGCAAUUCGUGGAUCCGCUCUCACUGGGAGGACAAGCUUGUUGGAGGCCCCGAGACUCGGACAGUCCCUGAACCCACGGCUUCCGUCGACAGCGCCACAGCUGGGGCAGCAUGGCUUUGGUCUAGCCUCCCUGAACUGAAAACUCCGCCAAUCUCACAACUUGCUCAACAUGACGAGACUGUCACUACGCCGUCUCUGCUGCUCUCUCCCUAUCCUCUAUGUACGGCUCCGGAGCAGUACGAGUUACACCCUGAUCCCAAGCACGUUUUCAAGCUUUGGCAAGCUUUUGCAGACAACGUCAACCCAUUGACCAAAUUUAUUCACGCACCUACUCUUCAGCAGAAGAUCCUCGAGACAGCUUGGACGGUGGAAACAGUAGCAAAGCCGCUCGAGGCCACCAUGUUCGCCGUGUACGCGCUGGCCGUUGCUUCGAUGAAGCCAGCCAUCUGCAGAGACGUAUUCGGAGAAACGAGGUCGGUGCUCAUGAACCGAUAUCGCAUGGGAGCGUUGCGAGCCCUGUCUGGCACCAAUCUGUUCGCAACCCGGGACCUACAUGUUUUACAAGCUUUGACCCUCAUCAUAAUGAUAGAUCCCCAGUCCGACUUUGCCAUCACGGCAGUCGCAGUGGCUAUGCGUAUCGCUCACAGACUGGGCCUGCACCGCGUCGCCAAAGAUCCUCAUACGCCCUUCUUCGAGCAGGAGAUGCAGGUCCGCUUGUGGUGGUACAUCCGCGGCCUCAACUCGCGCGUCCGCCGGGGCAUGGGACUGCUGUCGACCGUCGACGAUCUCGGUGAUGUGCGUCUCCCCAUGAAUGUCAACGAUGCGGACCUGCAUCCCCUCAUGGAGAAGCCGCCGGCCGUCCAGCACACGGCGGCCACGGAGAUGGUUUACUGUCUCAUGAAAUACGAUUUGUGGAAGUUUGUGCGAAAAUCAUCCCAGUUCUCUGGCGGUCUCGAUCCUAGGGAAAAGGCAGCCGAAUUCAUCACAUCAACAAGCGCUGAGAGCAUGGCAAAGAAGAAAAUGGUGCUUGGUGAGGUGGACCGUAUGCUCCAGGAAAAGUAUCUCGCCCACCUCGACCCGAGCAUACCUUUGCACCAACUCUCGGCAGCCCUGGCGGGCCUAACCAUCCAUAAUCAACGGUUUUUGAUGUUCCACCCCCGCAAUCAGCCCGAGGGAGGUCGAUACAUGUCCCAGGUUGAUCAGGAUCUCGUCUUUGAGAGCAGUGUUACGCUGCUGGAGCUGAAUCUUGAAGUGCGCAACAGCAGCUUCUCGACCAAGCUGGUGGACCACAUGAUAUGUCGGACCCAAGUGGAUGCCUUUGUGCACAUGGUGAGUGAGCUUCGGCAUAGGACGAGCGGGCCGCUGGUCGAGACUGCCUGGACUCUAGUCGAAGAGGUCUACGGACAACAAUCGUUGAUGCCGCCAUCUGACGAUGAGUUCUUUGCUGAACUGGCCAAUUUAAUUCUACGAGCCUGGGAGACUCGGUACAAAGCAUUCGAUCAAGUCGCAGUUGUGCCCAAGUUUAUUGAGACAUUGCAGGCAGCGAGGCAACGAGCAGAGACGACGGAGGGCCCAGCGGCGGAGGGGGAGGAACUGCAGACAGUGCGCAUGGGUGAUCUCAUCCAGGAUGAGGCUGUGGACUGGACAUACUGGAAUGAGUUGCUUCAGCCUUAA